GGGGCCGGCUCGCCCGGCCUCCUGGCGGCGCCGCGGCCCCUGCACUUGGGCCGGGCUCUGCUGGUUGCGGCGGGAGCGGGACCUGGGCGGCGGCGGCGGCGUAAUCUCUACAUCCAGUGUGGGGCUUGAACUCAAGACCUGGUGAUCGAGAGUUGCAUCCUCUACCGACUGAGCCAGCCACGCGCCCCUAUAGGGAACAGUGAACCAUGGAGCUGUAUUUCGGUGAAUAUCAACAUGUGCAGCAAGAAUAUGGCGUCCAUCUGAGACUCGCAAGUGAUGAUAGCAAAAAAUCAAGGAAUUCCCAACACUCUAAGGCAGGCUCCUAUGGUGUCAGUAUCCGGGUGCAGGGAAUUGAUGGCCACCCCUACAUAGUCCUGAAUAACACGGAGCGGUGUCUGACAGGCACAUCUUUUCCUGAAAAUGGGCCACCGUUUCCAUCUCCAAUGAUAAAUAACCUGGCCCUGCGUUCCAGCAAUGCGUCUGUGCUGGAGGAGAGCAGCGCAGAAGAAUUGCAGCUCCCAGAAAAUCCUUAUGCCCAGCCCAGCCCAGUAAGAAACCUGAAACAGUCCUCUCUCUUUGAGGGCAAGAAUGGGGUUCUAGAAUGCAAAGAGGGGCCAGUGAAACCAUCCCACAUGUUGAACUUUCAGAGGCAUCCAGAGCUUUUGCAGCCCUAUGACCCUGAAAAGAAUGAAUUGAACUUGCAAAAUCAUCAGCCUCCUGAGAGUAAUUGGCUAAACACUUUAACAGAAGAAGGUUCCAACAAUAAGAAGGCUUGGACUUGCUUCCCCAAACCUGGUAGUUCCCAGCCUACCAGCCCUCCUUUGGAAGAUGUGGGCAAAUCCAGCGUGACGGCCAUUCGUUUGUGCAGCUCUGUGGUCAUCGAUGACCCCAAGAAGCAGACCUCAGUGUGCGUAAAUGUUCAGAGCUGUGCCAAGGAGGGGCUUGUGGAGGAGGCCCUUUCCCCUAGUGGGAGGUCCCUGACGGCCCACAGCCCACACACCCAUCCCGAAACCAAGAAAGCCAGGCCGGACGUGCUUCCCUUCCGGCGACAGGAUUCAGCGGGACCUGUCCUGGAUGGAGCUCGGUCCCGGAGGUCCUCUUCCUCAUCGGCAACUCCCACUUCGGCCAACUCUUUGUACAGAUUUUUACUUGAUGAUCAGGAAUGUGCCAUCCAUGCUGACAAUGUAAAUCGUCAUGAAAACAGGCGGUAUAUCCCCUUCUUGCCAGGAACUGGGCGGGAUAUUGAUACAGGAUCAAUUCCUGGUGUGGAUCAAUUGAUUGAAAAGUUUGACCAAAAACCUGGGCUCCAGAGGAGAGGAAGGUCUGGGAAGCGAAACAGAAUCAACCCAGAAGACAGGAAGCGGUCCAGAAGCGUGGAUAGUGCCUUUCCUUUUGGUCUCCAGGGGAAUGCCGAGUACCUAAACGAAUUUAGCCGGAACCUGGGCAAGUCCAGUGAACACCUCCUCCGCCCGUCGCAGGUGUGCCCACAGAGGUCACCUGCUCAGGAGCACCGGGGGAGACAGAGCGUGGGCCGGGCCUUUGCCAAGCUGCAGGGGGCCCACCUCAGGCCUCCCCAGCAGAGCAAGGAUGGGAAAGUUCCAGAAAACAAAGGUGGUCGGCAGAGUACAAACACGCAUGCAUCUUCCCUCCCAGCACAGAAUAAAAAGGAGGAGGAAAUCAAAACAGCCACUGCGACGCUGAUGUUACAGAAUCGGGCGCUAGCAACUUCGCCUGACUCCGGUGCCAAGAGGAUUUCUGUGAAGACAUUUACUUCUGGUACUCAGGCCACACCGGAUCUGUUGAAAGGCCAGCAAGAGCUUACUCAACAAACCAAUGAGGAGACGGCCAAGCAGAUACUUUACAAUUACCUCAAAGAGGGAAGCACCGAUAAUGAUGAUGCGACUAAACGGAAAGUCAACCUGGUCUUUGAGAAAAUCCAGACUUUAAAGUCUCGAGCAGCAGGGAGCACACAAGGAAAUAAUCAAGCUUCUAAUUCUUCGCCUGAAGUCAGAGACCUGUUGGAACAGAAAAACAAGUUGACCACAGAAGUGGCUGAACUUCAGAGAAAGCUUCAACUAGAAGUCAAGAAUCAGCAGAACAUGAAAGAAGAGAGAGAGAGAAUGAGAACAAGCUUGGAAGAGCUCCAGGGCCGGCACGACAGUAAAGUGGAAGAGAAUUCCGUGCUGCAGCAGCGCCUGGAAGAGAGUGAAGGGGAGCUCCGGAAGAACCUGGAGGAACUGUUCCAGGUAAAGAUGGAACGGGAGCAGCACCAGACCGAGAUCAGGGAUCUCCAGGACCAGCUCUCAGAAAUGCAUGAUGAAUUGGACAGCGCCAAACGAGCUGAGGACAGGGAAAAGGGAGCUCUGAUUGAGGAACUCUUACAGGCAAAACAGGAUCUUCAAGAUCUGCUCAUUACCAAAGAGGAGCAGGAAGACCUCUUGAGGAAGCGAGAGCGUGAACUCACCGCCCUGAAGGGAGCCCUGAAGGAAGAGGUCUCCAGCCAUGACCUGGAGAUGGACAAGCUGAAGGAGCAGUAUGACGCCGAGCUGCAGGCCCUGAGGGAGAGUGUAGAAGAAGCAACCAAGAAUGUCGAGGUCCUGGCCAGUCGGAGCAACACUUCAGAGCAGAGCCAGCUGGGAGCUGAAAUGCACGUGAAGGCGCUGCAGGAGGAGAAUGAGAAGCUGCGGGAAAGCAUCGCAGAGCUGGAGCAGAGCGUCGCUCGGCUUCAGAGGCAGAUUGCUGACAUGAAAGGCGAUGAGGCCAAAGCAAAGGAAAUGCUCAAGAAGGGCGAGAGAGAGAGCCGGCAAUUAGAGGAGGCCCUUGUGCAGUCAAGAAAGGAAGAAAGAGAAGCCACGUCGGCCAGAAGGACCCUGGAGAGUGAGCUGGAAGACGUGCAGAGAAACCUGAGUCGGGCCACCCAGGAGCAGAAGCAGUUGUCUGAGAAGCUCAAAGAUGAGACAGAGCAGAAGGAGCAGUUAAGGAGACUGAAGAACGAGAUGGAGAACGAGCGAUGGCACCUGGACAAGACCAUCGAGAAACUGCAGAAGGAGAUGGCUGACAUUGUUGAGGUGUCCCGCAUAUCAACUCUGGAGCUCCAGAACCAGCUGGAUGAGUACAAGGAGAAAAAUCGCAGGGAGCUUGCAGAAAUGCAAAGGCAGUUGAAGGAGAAAACCUCAGAGGCCGAAAAGUCACGUCUGACUGCCAUGAAACUGCAGGAUGAGAUGCGCCUGAUGGAGGAGGAGUUACGGGACUACCAGAGAGCUCAGGAUGAAGCGCUCACAAAAAGGCAACUUCUGGAGCAGACGCUGAAGGACCUGGAGUACGAGCUCGAGGCCAAGAGUCACCUCAAAGACGACCGAAGCCGACUCAUCAAGCAGAUGGAGGACAAGGUGUCUCAGCUGGAGAUGGAACUGGAAGAAGAAAGAAAUAACUCGGAUUUGCUGUCUGAGAGGAUCACUCGGAGCAGGGAACAGAUGGAGCAGAUGAGGAGUGAGCUCCUGCAGGAGAGAGCUGUCAAGCAGGACUUGGAGUGUGACAAGAUUUCUCUGGAGAGGCAGAACAAGGACUUAAAGAGCCGGAUUAUCCACCUGGAAGGCUCCUACAGGUCCAGCAAAGAGGGGCUGGUGGUGCAGAUGGAGGCCAGGAUCGCUGAGCUGGAGGACCGUCUGGAGAGCGAGGAGAGGGACCGGGCCAGCCUCCAGCUCAGCAACCGCCGGCUGGAGCGGAAGGUGAAGGAGCUGGUGAUGCAGGUGGAUGAUGAGCACCUGUCACUGACUGAUCAGAAGGACCAGCUGAGCUUGCGCUUGAAAGCCAUGAAGCGACAAGUGGAGGAGGCCGAGGAGGAGAUCGACAGACUAGAAAGUUCUAAAAAGAAGCUGCAGAGGGAGCUGGAGGAGCAGAUGGAUGUGAACGAGCAGCUGCAGGGACAGCUCAAUGCCAUGAAGAAGGACCUAAGACUUAAGAAGCUGCCAAGCAAGGUGCUGGACGACACAGAUGAUGAUGACCUCAGUACGGAUGGGGGGAGCCUCCACGAGGUGCCGCUGAGCCACAUCUUCCCCAAGGACAGCGCUGCCACCAGCCAGAUGUGAGGCCCCUUCUGGGGCUGCAGUGACGGCCCAUCAUGCCUCGCAGGGCCCAGCAGCCAGCCACCCACAGCGGAGAGCAGGAGAGGCAGCGUCUAUGCGGAGCCAAGACCCAAGACCCGUGCGCCUCCUCCUCACAGAACAGGCCGACUCCUCCACGUUGCAUUCCUCCCGGCGUCUCUGAGUUGGUAGCGCACCUCUCCUCGCUCAGACAGGUAGCAGUUUAAAUGUUGGCGCCUGAGGCAUAGGAACCACCACUCACUGUGGGUUUGGAGGCUCUAUUUCAGCAGGAGGAAGCCCGGAUUCUGCAUAGCUGUCUGCCGCACCGUUGGCAAUGGUGCCCCUGCCCCCUCCUCCCUCCCUGGCCAAGGAAAAGGGUCCAAAAGGCUAGUUGUUAUUUAAUAGCCAUUGUGCAGGGGAGGAGAUGAUGCAUAGACUGUACAUAUUUGGAUCCAGAUUCUCCUGGGCUGCAGCUGUUCCGUUGUGGAAUGUUACAGAAGCUUCUUAGGAUGGCUUGUUUGUAAACUCCACACAUCUGUCUUAUUAUUUUUUAAAACAUGGAGCUACAAGGUUUUAAGUAUGAAGACAUAGAGAUGAGAGAGAGAGAGGGUAGAAUACAGACUACUUUUGACAUCAGAGUUGGAAAAAAGGAAUUGUGGUGGUGAUAAGGCACAGUUAAUCCUGAGAAGAGAAAUUCAAGUGGCCUUGGUGAACAACUUACGGGGGAGAGAAAGUCAGAAGGUCACAGGUAUCUGUGGCCCUGCCUACUUAUUUUAUAUAGAAUGUUGUUACAAUUUCUGAACCAUGCUGAGACAAAUUCCCAGUCACCAACUGCAAUUUCGUUUCCACAGUUGGGGUGGGGAGACUUGUAAAUAAGGUUUUCGACAAAUCAUGUGGUUUCUGGAGGGUUGGGGUCCUCCUGUCGUUUCUUACUGGUCCUUUCCUCUGUCCAUCCAUGUCAGGCCUCCAGGUAGCCUCCUCUGGCCGAUGGUUGCUGGGUAGGGAGUGGGAGGGUGUGAGGAAGAGGCGGGCAGUGUCCAGGAAGGUCAUGGGGGGAGGCGGGAGAGGGGUAAGCGGGCCCGUGUGGGUGUGGGGGGGAAGGAAGAGAGAGGGAAGUUCGUGAAAGCCGGGGGAUGUGUAGACAAGGGGUAUGUUGAGCUGGAUCUCGAGUUUAUGUCAGGAAAGUGAGGGGAAAAAAGUCAGGAGGUGCAGACCGGAAGGCUCCUCCUGGCUUCCUGGGACGGAGGGACGUGGGCUGGCACCAGGCAUGAAGUAAGCGGAAUUGGGCGAGGGCACAUUGCUGGGGCAGCAUUACAGGGAGUGUGGAAUUGGGAACUUGCAGUCUUGUAGUAUCCCAGUACUUCCUUCUGGCCUUCCUGGUGUCACCUCCCACUGCGACUGGUCCCAUGGAUGGCCAGAGGCCAAGUCCAGGCACAGCCGGACCCCCACAGGUCAGGGCCAGAGCAGGCAGCUCAGUAGGGCCACGGAUGUGUCUAUACACGGGGGUGGAGAGGAUCGUGUUCAGUUGGGUUGGGGACCAGGGUCAGAGAGCAUUGUGUUCAGUUGGGUUGGCGUGUCCCCAGGUAUCCUAAGAGACGGGAAGCCCGUGGACCAGAGAACUCCAUGACAGUUACCGUGAGGAGCAGGGAGCUUCAGUGCCCUAGCUAUACCAGGGCACAGAGCCCACUGAACAGGAUUCAGAGUGAUCAGCCUGCUUUAAGGGCAGGUGUCACCCCACCCCUGCCUCCGCAACAGGUGAGGCUCCUGGAGGCAGGACAGCCCCACCUCUGCUGGCUUAGAGUGCUUCUCGCCUCUGCUUAUUCAUUUAAGGUGCAGAGAGAUUGCUCCCUUUCACCAUUCAUUCAUUAAGCCAAUAUUGAUUGGGUGUCCACCAUGUGUCAGACACGGUCCUUGGCACUGGGAAUCCAGCAGUGAAUAAAACAGACCCAAAUCCCCUCCUGGAGUGCAGGACAAUGGUCCUACCAAUGGACACUGAGGCCUAGCCCCUCUGUACUCAGCCCUGGAGUGCCUCUGUCCUCUUGGGGACACAACAAGCCUGAUUCACUGGAAUUCCCUGGGGGUUCUCCGAGGGAGAACCCUGCUGCUUCCACCCACUGUCAUUAGCUGUAUGCCAAGAAGUUUGCCCACGAAUGCCUCAGCCCACUCAUAACUACAGGUGGGACAGGAGAAGGUCAGAGGUGCAAGAACGUGGCAGGAGUGGGGGUGGCGAGUGUCUAUCUGGGGUUUGUGAGAAAGUCACUGUUUCUGGCAGUUCCUCGUGGUCACCAGGAGGCUGGCUGCAAGAGGCGAACGUGCCCAUGGAAAGAGAACAGAGAUCCCUGUUCAGAGGGUUGCAACCUCAUGGUAAAAGAUGGGCUGUUGUAAAUGUUAACAAAGGCAUCAGCCUACACGGGCUUGGUGCUGGAGGUGAGGCGUGCCGGGGAGCAGGGUGGGAAGAGCAUCAGGCUGGGCCUUGAGAAAUGUUUUCAAGUCCUCACUCUUCUUGCCCCAGUGACCUUGACGGGGGUGACCUUGAUGGGGCGGGGGGGGGGGGGGGGGCGUGUGCUCUCAGAGCGCAAGAUUGCCUGGAAUACAUGAGGACCAUGGCUCAAGGUCCUUUCCAGCUCUGACAUGCUAUCAUUCUUUGAUUUUAUUAUAUACUCAUUUUCUUUCCUGUUUAUUACUUUAAGAACUAACCCUACUCAAGAAUAUUUUCUUUAGCUAGCUUAAAAAAAAA